GGCCAUUUUCCCUUUCCGAGCUCCCGAUUGUUGCUCCUUAUGCGUCCCGCUCUUGCUCAUCCGUUACCGUAGGGGAGUCACGUCGAUAGCUCAGAGUCGCGGCGUGACCUACCCUAGAUUCCGGCGUCGAGCUUCGACGCCGGCUGAGCCAGGGUGUCUCACGACGAGCCAGCGUGUCUCACGGCGCUGAAUCAGCGUUGUGGUAGCGAUGGCGGGAUAUGAGCCUCCGCCGUUUAGAGACGGUAGCAGCGGGCGAUCAGGCAGCACGGAUCUGCACACCGAUCUGUACGCGUUAUUGCACGUCUCGCGGGACGCGUCUGACGAUGAGCUGAAACGCGCGUAUCGCCAGCUCGCUUCGGUGUACCACCUGACAAGAAUAAUCCUCGUUAUCCGCUCUCCUCGUUACGUGUUACAGAUGCAAGAUGUCGCCAAGGAUCACUUUCAGCGGAUCCGAUCCGCCUACGAGGUUUUGUCCGACCCGGCCAAGAGGCAGGUGUAUGACCUGUACGGCAUAGAGGGCGUGGUGUCGGGCAUGGAGCUAGGCCCACACCUGCGCACGAGGCAGGAGAUACGGGAGGAGUGGGAGCGGGCGCAGAGGAGGAGGGAGGAGCUGAAAGCGGCGAUGCGCACCCAGCACUCGUCCUCCAUGCUGCUGUCUGUCACUGCUGCUGAUGCCCUGGCGUCAGGAUUUCAACGCUUCCCCAGAAUCACAGGUAUGCACAUGUCAACCCAAGUCCAAGCGGCGCUAUCCGACAAGGACACGUUAGUCCUGGGCGGCUCCAUGCUCAUGAGGCGCGUGGCGGGGGGCGGCUCCAUGGUGGCGGUGUUUCGCAGACAGAUGGAUGCAUACCAGACGGCCGAGCUGGUGGCAGUUGUUGGGAUUCGAACCCAGCUCACUCUGUCUACUGCACGACAAGUGUCGCCGUCCGUGAAGGCGACGGCAGGGGUGACGUGGCAUGCUGAUGAUGGCUCGCUGUCAUUGGCCAAUUCGUGGACGUCCCAGAUCACAGAAUCCACUGCAGCAUCUAUCAACAUUGGGUUGGGAGCCGAUGGAGGUGCAGGAGUGGGGUGGCACACACAAAAGGACAAGAAUAAUUUCAAUGCAGAGCUUAAAGUGGGAGCAGGUUUGUCCUCAGGGGGCCUCACAGCGACCUUCGUCAGAAGGUUCUCAGAACAUUCAUCAGGGAGAAUACACGGCAGGCUGGGAACCACAGGAGCAGACGUGGAGGUGGGUGGCAGCAGGAAGAUAUCGGACAACAGCUCUUUGGGGUUCUUUGUCACCAUGGGGCUCCAGGGCACACUAUGGAAGGUUCGCUACUCUCGAGGCGGCCAGAAGGUCACUGUGCCUAUUCUCCUCUCCCCCACUCUACGACCAGCCAUCAGCGUUCCGGCCAUUCUCAUUCCCUCGGUCACAUACGCUGUCCUUAAGCAUUGGGUGUUCAGCCGGUGGAAACAGAUCCGGGAGGCUCGGCAGGACCGGGAGGUUCGGCAGAAGUCAGCUAAGCAGGUCUGGGAGUCCAUGGCUGAGGCUCGGCAGCUCCAGGACAUGAUGACCCCGGUGGUAACCAGACGGGUAACCGCGUUACAGCAGCGGCAAAACGGCAACGCUCUGAUGAUCAUAUCGGCGAAAUACGGACGCCUGGGAGGAGCUGGGGGGGAAGGAGAGAGGGAGAGUCGAAACGAGAGCACGAAUAGUGGCAAUGGCAGUGGCAGUGGUGGUAGUGGUAGUGGUAGUGGUGGUGGUAGUGGUGGGAGGGAAGGGGAAGGGAGAAGAGCUGCAUCUGGAAUUGGCUCGAUGUUUGAGAGAAUAGGCGGGCUGCUCAGGAGAGGUUUGGGAGGAAUCGGAGGGGGAGGAGGAGGAGGAGAGGAGGGAGUGGGUGGGAGUGAGAAUGAGGGUUGGGAUGAGGAUGAGUGGGAGGAGGGGGAGGGGGGAGGCGAGAGGGUGGUGCUGCCUCCUGCAGUUUGGGAUGUGCGCAUUCCGCUGCAAUUCCUUGUUGAUGAUGCCAGCAACACACUACAGCUCCAUGAAGGGGUGAGCAAGAAGGGCAUCAUGGGGUUCUGUGACCCCGCACCAGGACUGCCCAAGAAGCUGCGAGUGGGAUACUCGUACCGGGGGGAGGAGAGGGAGGUUACUGUCAAUGACCUGGAUGCGCUCUCAUUGCCCCUACCCUCAAGAUCCCCAUCGUAGCUGCGAGGGUCCUUAUCUUUCCACAUCGACGAUUGAUACACUGUACCCGAACACAUACCCUGUCAUACAUCUUCGGAUUUUUCUGCGAUUUGACGGUGGCUUGGCAUAGAAGCUUAGCGUAGAAAUUGUUGUGAUAAAUGAAGUUUUGCAUUCCUGCAAGUUCCGUUUUCUGUGUAGUUAGCAGUAUCAAGUUUCUCAUUAAGCAUCCAUGCCCGAGUGCUGAUGUCAGCAAAGCAUCGCGCGUCUCUGGAUGACAUCAGCAUACCGAUUCAGUUACGCGAUUAGGCGUAACGAGUCGUUUCAGUCACGCGAACAGUCGUGACCCUAUAGUAUGACGAAUAGGUCGCAUAGCGCGCAACUAGCCGAACAGGUACUUUCCCUAGAGCUAGAAAUCCUCGUAAUGC